AUGCUUUUCCCCAACGUUGCAGUUUUCUUUGCCCUUCUGGCUUCCGCACAAGCCUUCGUCAUCCCAGAAGGAGCCACUAAUGGUGUAUAUGCUGUAGCCAGGGACGCGGAUGGCACCGAAGUGCACACCAAGAUUGUCUCAGCGAAUGCCGAACGUUCCCCCAACGAAGCGCUUGUUACCAGCUCUGGACUCGAGAGCCGCAGCGACGGUCGGAUCUGGUGCGGCUGUGGCUUUAGCAUGAACAGUGACAGUACCAAUGCCGCUGUCCGUGAUAUGAAACGCCAGCUGGGUACAGGUAGGCAUCUACAUUUGGACUUUGGUUUAGGUUCAAAGAUUAUCUUGCUGACUCUGUUCUUUUUCCAUGUACAGCAAACCUCAUACGCUCCCGCCAGUCUUAUUACGCUAUCCACGGCGACGUGGUAG